AUGGAGUUUGUUGGUCUAAUUACUCAAUCUUGUAACUUUGUCAUGAUGAUCAAUAUCAUGUUGGUCUUGUUUGUCAUGAUCUUGCUAUGGAAAUUAAUAUUCUCAUUUUGGAUUUCACCUGCUUUAGCAUAUUCAAAACUAAAGAGAAAUGGUUUUGGAGGUCCAUCUCCAAGUUUCCCACUCGGAAACAUAAUCGAGAUGAAAAAGAAGAUGAUCAUGAUCAGUAGUAGUACUUAUAAAACCAAUAAUACUGCUUCUGAUCAUUCUGAAAAGUCUUCAUCAAAUGUUACCCAUGACAUACAUUCCACCGUCUUUCCUAGCUGGCAAAAGUCCCACGGGAAAGUGUUCAUCUACUGGCUAGGGACGGAGCCGUUUUUAUAUGUUGCGGAUCCAGAAUUUCUGAAGAAAAUGUCGGGUCAAGUCCUGGCAAAGUGUUGGGGAAAGCCGUCUGUGUUCAAACGUGAUAGAGAACCCAUGUUUGGGAAUGGUCUGGUCAUGGUCGAAGGAGACGACUGGGUCCGGCAUCGCCAUGCUGUCACUCCUGCUUUCAACGCUACUAACUUGAAGGCAAUGGCAAGCUUAAUAGUCGAUUCCGCAACAAAAAUGUUGGACGACUGGGCCACUCUCGUCAACUCCGGCAAUCGAGAAAUCGAUGUGGAGAGAGAAAUCACGGCGACCGCAGGGGAGGUCAUCGCUAAGACGAGUUUCGGAAUAAGUUACGAGAACGGCCGUUUGGUGUUCGAGAAAUUAAGAUCCUUACAAACGACUCUUUUCAGGACUAACCGCUAUGUGGGGGUCCCAUUUAGCAAGUUGUUGUGCCCAAAGAAAACACUAGAGGCCAAGCGAAUUGGCAAGGAAAUUGAUCGACUCUUCUUCUCGAUCGUGAAUGCUCGAAAAGAAUCGAUCAAUCAAGGGUGUCCCCAAAAGGACUUGCUAGGUUUAUUGCUCAAGGAGAGUGAAGAGGGAGGAUCGAGAUCAAGGGCCUUAUCGAGUAGGGAGUUAGUGGACGAGUGCAAGACAUUCUUCUUUGGAGGACACGAGACAACGGCAUUGGCAAUCACUUGGACAAUGCUACUUCUUGCCGAGCAUCAAGAUUGGCAAAAUGAGUUGAGAGAGGAGAUUAGAGAAGUGAUUGGAGAUAAAGAGGUUGAUGCAAAUUUGCUUGGUGGACUCAAGAAGAUGGGGUGGGUUUUGAAUGAAGUGAUUAGACUAUACCCUUCAGCGCCAAAUGUGCAAAGGCAAGCGAGAGGAGACAUUCAAGUGGGAGAAACAACCAUCCCAAACGGCACCAACAUGUGGAUUGACGUAGUUGCCAUGCACCACGACCCGGCUCUGUGGGGCGAGGAUGUAAACGAAUUCAAGCCACAGAGAUUCAAGGACGACAUCUUUGGAGGCUGCAAACACAAGAUGGGCUAUUUGCCUUUUGGGUUUGGAGGGAGAAUGUGUGUUGGUAGGAACUUGACCUUCAUGGAGUACAAGAUUUUCUUAACCCUUAUUCUCUCUAGGUUUUCUUUUACGCUUUCUCCAAAUUAUCGUCAUUCUCCCGCUAUCAUGCUAUCCUUGAGGCCUACACAAGGGCUGCCUCUCAUACUCCAACCCCUGUAGCCUAAUUUGAUUGUGCCCUUAUAUAUUCUUUUAGUUUUAGGAUAAUUUUUAAAAAUAUC